AUGUUUUGUGAAGGGAAUUCAGAGUUUUAUCCGCCUAUAUUAUUUCAAUAUUCACCGGUUUAUCAUACAUGGGUUAAAUUAUUCGUUAAGGAUGUAUAUACAUUGAAAGUGGUAGAGGGAUUUGAGGAUUCACCGGCGCUUUUUUGGUUAAAUCAUCCAAUUCGUUGGGUUCAUCUUUUUGGGGUGGUAGUAGGGUUAGAGAAGCGUGAAAAGAGUGAUUUUGUGUCACUAGAUGAUUCAAGUGGGCGUAUAAUUGAGCUGAUAUUGAAGGAAAGGCAUCAUCGACAUCUUAUACCAGCGUUUCCGGAGGAAAAUGGAUUACUUGAUAUUGGAAUGAGGAUUAAAGUUCGUGGUACAUUAUCACAUUUGCAUGGAUCACGACGAAUUAGUGUGAUUAAACUGGAUGUUAUUCAUGAUCCGAAUAUCGAGAUUUUAGGAUGGGAAGAAAGGAUACGAUUAAAACAAGAAGUUCUUUCAAAAGUAUGGAUAAUUGAUUCGGAUGUUAAAAAAGCUACGAUUAAAGCGUAUUUAAAAAUGUAUAAUAAAUCGAUAACUCAAGGGGUAUCGAAAUGCUCAGGCUAUUCAUUUAAAAUACUGAAAAGUAGCGAACAUACAAUGGAGAAUCUUAAGAGAUUAAUUUUGAAUCAAUUGAAGGAAAAUGAAUAUCGAGAGUUUACAAUAUCGAUUUUAAGAAGUGAUGGAGAAAUUGAAUAUGCAGCAAAUUGUAUAGCGACAAAAAUUCGAAUAGAAAUGGGUGAAUUGGAGAAUACAAUAGUUUGGUCACAAUCGAUUGAAGUUUGUCAUCUUUUAAUGAAAUGUAUUUCAGAACUGGUUAAUCAAGGCUUAAUUCUAUGUGUUGAUGGGGGUCAAGGAGUUUAUGCAACAAUAGGAGAAUGGAAUCUUUCUCGAACGAUACGAAAAUGUUGUCGAGAAUCAUUACACAAAUGGCGGCUUGCAAAACAUUCUUCAGACAAUGAAAAAGCAAUGAUUACAGCUCGAGACGUUUGGCAGAAGGCAAGAAGAAUUGGGGAUGAAUGGAAAGCAGUAGAUAAACGGCUAAUUACAAACAUUAUGGCAAAAGUGAUGCCAACACUUUCAGGUUGGCGUUUAGUAGAAAAAGGAAAAUGGGUUCUUGAUAAGUAG